CUCGUCGCUGUUUGCGGACUUUCUCUGGGACUACACGUGACCUCGAUUUGAUCUAUAAACAGGACGAAGACACUUCCCCGGUCUUGAUCUGAAAGUGGCGUCGUCAAAAUGGGGGACUUUGGUGGGAUACAUCAGCCGAAGGCUAAGAAUCAGCCUCAAGGCCAACUUGCAGCUCUGCUGCAAAAUCCCUUAGACUGGGAUGAUCCCAUGAGCAUGCCCAAAGAUAUCGGCAGCAGAUCGAGCAGUGCACCUCCCGCCGGAAUCUUGAUGCCAGAAGGAGCUCGGCCCGAUCUUGACGACCCAAAGGAUGGGGCGGGCCUUGACCCUCGCAGAGACCCCGAAUACGCAGCGUACUACUACCAUGCAUCUCGAUUGGAUCCACGCUUACCGCCACCAAUAUACGCCCCCGGACAAUCUUGGCAAGUGUGGGCGCCUCCCGGGUUCAACACUAAGAACAGGGGACCGGAGAACGUCAGCCCUUCCGUCGCAAAGAGCUUAGAGAAGUUCAGAGGCUUUGGUGGAAUGGAUGACGAUUUUAUGAACUCUCAUCAUCUGGACCAGAGUCUCGAACCAGAUGGCCUUUCAACCCGUGACGUUGGGGAUUACGCGUCGAGAGAUCCUCGAUUACCACCCGAUUCUAGAGCGAUUGACCCAAGGUUGGGCGAUCCGAGGAUGGCAGCGGCAGCGGCAUGGACCGGAGAUCUUGCAAGCUCCCCAUCGAAGCAGCGCCGCAACCUUGUAGAUCUCAUUCAGGAAGACUUCCCGAGAACCCCGUCGCCGGCCUUCAAUUCCCGCCAAAGGAUGGGAAUGGAAGAAGGAGAGAAGCAAGGGCUAAAUGACGUUCUCAGGGAGCAGAUGCGAGCGGAGAUUGAGGCGCAGUUGGAGCACACCAACGACGAGGAGCGAUCCCGCAUGGCCGCUGUUCUUAGCGCGGCAUUGGACACUCGUGAUGAGCUGGUCAACAUGCCACCACAGCGAUCAGCUUCGACACCACCCUCGAAUGCACAUUACAACCAGCUUCGCAGUGCUUUGCUGCACAAUUAUAGCGAUGAUGAUAUUCCUCCAGAACUCUUGAUGACUAUGAGGAAUAUGGCUUUGGGAGGUCAAGAGCCUCCUUCCCCUCAAGGACUUCCCCCCCAGCGCGGCGCCAAGCCGCUCAAAAUCUCGACAGGGCUGGACAGAUUGUAUGGGGAUAUGGUUGCGCCUCGAAGUGCCGGCGCGUAUCUUGGUGGAGGCUCCAUGCCUCUUCCCAACUCGCUACUGGGCGGCUAUGCAGGUCCUGCGUCUGCCCGACCGGGUGGUAGCCGGGAAGCCGAGAUGCUAGCCGCCAUAGAGCUGCAGCAAAGAGCAGCAGCUCGCAGUCCCUUGUACGAUGAUGAGCUCCGUGCUGCAGCGUUAGGUCUCGCUCAUCCUUCGUUUGAUCGCCGAAACUUCCCGAGCAACGCGACGCCAGAGGAGAUCGCCUUUGCUUUAGCGUCCCGAAGAGCCGCUGCAGCCAACCAAAUCUACGACCCAGCGAUGCUGCAGGCGUUGGCCAGUCUCAACGGGGGCAUGCCCAGUAUGAACAUGAGCAUGGGAACUGGCCGGGGAGGACCAAUGUCCGAGAAAAAGCUGCGUCUGCUCGCCCAACAGCAACUGCUUUUGCGCGAGCAGAUGCUGCGUCGCGAAUAUCUCCAGCAGCUCAAUGGCUUCCCGCAAAGCCGACGAUCAACGAUGCACAACGACUUGCCGAGUCCCAGCACUCUUAGCGACCCGGGACAUGGAAUGCGUUCUGCGCUUCUCGAGGAUUUCCGCAACAACAAGAAUAAGAAGUACGAGUUACGGGAUAUCGUCGGUAGCAUCGUCGAGUUCAGCGGCGACCAGCAUGGAUCCAGGUUCAUCCAGCAGAAGUUGGAAACCGCGAAUAGCGAGGAGAAACAGCUGGUGUUUGACGAAAUCCUGCCGAACGCCUUGCAGCUCAUGACGGACGUUUUCGGAAACUAUGUUAUUCAGAAAUUCUUCGAGCAUGGUAACCAAAUCCAAAAGCAAGUUCUCGCAAAGCAGAUGGAGGGCCACGUGCUAUCGCUAUCUCUACAGAUGUACGGCUGCCGCGUUGUACAGAAGGGUCUCGAACACGUGUUGACGGACCAGCAAGCCGUCCUCGUCCACGAGCUUGACGGAAACGUCCUCAAAUGCGUCAAGGACCAAAACGGAAACCACGUCAUCCAAAAAGCCAUCGAGCGGGUGCCUGCCGAGCACAUCAAAUUCAUCAUCGACGCCUUCCACGGUUCGGUUUAUGCUCUCGCCACCCACCCUUACGGAUGUCGCGUCAUUCAGCGGAUCUUCGAACACUGCGCCGAUGAGGAGACGCUGCCUCUCCUUGAAGAGUUGCACCGGUAUACCGUCAACUUGAUCCAGGAUCAGUACGGCAACUACGUGAUACAGCAUGUUCUCGAGCGCGGCAAGCAGGUCGACAAGGGUCUGAUCAUCAACAAAGUUCGCGGGCAGGUCUUGCAGCUGAGCAAACAUAAGUUUGCCAGCAACGUGGUGGAGAAAUGUGUCGCGUAUGGAAACAAGAAGGAUAGGCAGAACCUGAUCGACGAAGUCAUUCAGACCCGCCCUGAUGGCACAUCACCUUUGGUCUUGAUGAUGAAGGAUCAGUUCGCCAAUUAUGUCGUACAAAAGAUGUUGGACGUUGUGGAUGGUACUCAACGAGAGGUUCUCGUACAGAAAAUCAAACCACAUCUCCCGAGCUUGAAGAAGUAUACAUAUGGAAAGCAUCUGAUUACGAAGGUCGAGAAACUCAUUCUUAUGCAUAACAUUCAGUGAGCAUGGCAUUCACUUCCACUGGAUGCAUGAAGCCCAACAUCGCACGGACUACGGCUCUACCAUUCUGGACAAUUUUGCAAUCCCCACAUCCUCUAUUUAGUUCUGUACACGCAUGACAUCAGAGCGGAAAGGUUGCUCGAAGGCCCUCUCAUGAACAUUCCUGUCUCUUACACAUCCCACACACUCUGCACACCCACUUCACGUCUCCCGCAUUUCCCUUCCGUCUUUGCUGCAUUCUCCGGCCCUGGUGUUCCUGCAUCGGUGCAUCCAGAGAACUUUCGACUUUGUUAAUCCUGACUGUGUUCAUUUUGUGCGUUUUG